AUGAACGCGAUCGCAACCCGGUGGGCAUCCGCCGAAGAGACGAUGCGUCGCCUUGCCAUGACGGUGCUGGGCGCGCUGGCCGUUGCCGCGGCGCUGAUCUUCGCCGCACCGGCGCAUGCGCAAAAUGCCCAGGCGCAGCCGAGCCCCUACGGUCUCGAAGAGGUGGUGGCGGCGGGCCACGGCUUCUUCGGUUCGACAUCGGGCGCCAUCGCCACGGCGAUCGAGCGCGCCUUUUCCAUGUACGGCCUGCCCAACGGCUACAUUCUGGGCCAGGAAGCCGGCGGCGCGUUCGUCGGCGGGCUGACCUAUGGCGAAGGCACGCUCUACACCAAGAAUGCCGGCGACCACAGCGUCUUCUGGCAGGGACCGUCGCUGGGCUGGGAUUUCGGCGGCGAGGGCGCGCGCACGAUGAUGCUCGUCUAUCACCUGCCGUCGGUCGACAAUCUUCAGGGCCGCUAUGGCGGCGUCGCCGGCUCGGCCUAUCUGGUCGCCGGCGUUGGCAUGCACGUGCUCAAGCGCAACAAUGUGCUGCUGGUGCCUGUGCGCACCGGUGUCGGCGCCCGGCUCGGCGUGUCUGUGGGCUAUCUGAAGCUGACCAACCGACCACCGGCCCGCAGCAAUCGGCACGCGGGUGAGACUGGUCCCUUGAUCGAAGCGGCUCUUUACAUCGCAACAGGGUUUCUGGCGGCCGUUCUGGCGGCCAUGAUCGUUGCUCCGGCGAUCUGGCGCCGCGCCGUCUAUCUGACCCGCAAGCGCAUCGAGGCGUCCGUGCCGCUGACGGUCAGCGAGUUGCAGGCGGACAAGGACCGUCUGCGCGCCGAACACGCCGUCGCCGAAAAGAAGCUCGACGUGGCGCUGCGCAAGCAGCGCGACCUCUCGACACGGCAGGCCGCCGAGAUCAGCGACAUGAAGGCCACCUUGAAGGACAGGGACGCGUCGAUUGCCGAGCGCGAUGCGACGAUCGGCGAUCUGACCGGGCAGCUGGACGCAACGCGCGAGGAACUUGGCCGCACCCGGGCCGAUCUGGAGGCGACGCGGCUCGAACUGAACACCACCAAUGCGGCGCUCAGCGCCCUUGCCGAUCAGCAGACACGCUAUGGCGCGCUGGAAGACCGUCUGGGGGAGACCCGCGAAAAGCUGCGCACCCAGCAAGGCAAGGCGCGCGACAGCCGCGCCGAAGCGCGCCAGACCGCCGAACUGCUGAAAACCGAGCGCGCCAAGUCGGCCGAGAUGGACACCCGGCUCGAACGCGCCAUCGCGCGCGCCUCCGAUCUGGAAGACAAGCUUGCGCGUCGCGAGAAGGAAAUCACCCGGCUGCGCGACGCGCAGGCAGGCGAGGAGGCGGACCUCCAGGAGCUUGAACAGCGCGCGCUCGACGCCGAGCAGGAGCGUGCCGCGCUCGAAGAGGAACUGGGCGACCUGACGGUGCGCGUCGCACGCAUCACCAAGCAGUUGGACGGUCAGGAGCCGGAGGCGGUGAUCGGCGCGCGCGAUGUGAAGAUCGCGCAGCUCGAAGCGGAUCUGAAAUCCGAACGCAAGCGCGUCAAGGCGCUGACCGAGCAGUUGGAAAAGCACGAAGCGACCUCCGCCGAUGAGGGCGAAGCCGCGCUGCGCGACGAAAUCGGCGCGCUGGCCGCCGAGAUCGUCCAUAUGGCAUCGCUGCUCGAGGGCGAGGGCUCGCCGAUCCCCGAUCUUGUCGCCGAAGCCGACGAUGGCGCGCCGCAGGGCACGGUCAGCCUCGCCGCGCGCGUGCGGGCAUUGCAGGCCAAGGCACGGCGCGGAACGGGCGCCCCGCCGCCCGUUGGCGAGAACGGCAAGGCGGCGGAAACGGACGCGGUGUCAUCCUGA